AUGUCCGCUCCCACUCCUCCCACCGGCUCAGGUCGAUUACGCGGCAAAGUCGCCAUAGUCACCGGUGGCUCCAGCUCCAUCGGCCGAGCCAUCAGCCUUGCAUACGCCAAAGAAGGCGCCAAAGUAGUCGUCGCAGACAUCCGCGACAGCUCUCGAGCACCCGAUGAAGCGGACGCUCCAACGCAUGAGCUGAUCCGCAAGCAAGGCGGUGAAGCGGAGUUUAUGAAACUCGACGUGACGAAACUCGAGAAUGUGGAGCAGGUUGUGCGAGACACGGUGGCCAAGUUUGGACGACUCGACAUAUACGUCAACAACGCAGGCAUCGUCCACGACGACGGCAAUCCACAGCCGGUGUGGGGCGUAACGAUGGACCAGUGGGAGAAGACAAUGGCCGUCAACACCACCGGCGUCUUCUACGGCAUCAGAACGGCUACUGCGCAGAUGGUCAAGCAAGAUCCGUAUCCCAAUGGCGAUCGGGGCUGGGUGGUAAACUUGGCUUCGAUUUUCGGAAAGGUGGCAUUCCCUACUGCAUUUUCGUACGUCGCUUCCAAACACUGCGUCAUGGGCAUGACAAAGACCGCAGCACUGGAUUGCGCACCGUACGGAGUCCACGUGAACGCCAUUUGCCCCGGCUGGGUCGAAUCCGCUUUCACGGCUGGCAUCCUCCAGGAUGAAAACCUCAAGGCUCACGCCACGAGCUUGCAUCCUCUCCGUGGACUUGGGUCGCCCAGCGACAUUGCGCCGGUUGCAGUCUUUCUCGCCAGCGAGGACGCAAGAUGGGUGACGGGACAUGGAGUGGUGGUUGAUGGAGGAUAUACAGCGCAAUAA